CCAAAAACGCCAAAGCGGUGCUGCUGCGUUGGCACCUGGCCACCGCCCUCGCCAUGUCGAAACCGGGAUCCGUGCGCGCUUCCGUGCGAGAUCACGAGGAGCGAACGCUCGCCGGUGCCGCGGACCCGAUCCCCGGAACGCGACCCGAUUGGAGCGUGGAUGACAGUGUGGCUUCGCUGGGCUUCGGCUUCCUCCACUUGCCCCCCACGAGACGUUCCCCGUUGGUGAUCAAGACCGUCAAAAAGGACUCCUGGGCUGAUCUGCAGGGCGUGGUGCCCGGGACCGAGUUGUUGGAGCUGGACGGAGAAGAAGCGGGCUGCCUCACUCCAGAACACUUCCGUGAAGCCUUGCAGCGGCGCCCCCUCCGCCUGAAGCUGGCGCCGCCCUAUGGCGAGGUUUGGAAGCAAGUGGCGCACUUUCAGCAGCAGGUGGUGGCCUUGAGCUUGCAGAAGGUGCACCUUCAGCAAGCUCUGAAGGAUGAAAGCGACCGCGUCAUGCGAGAGCUCGGCAUUUGCACGGAGCUGGAGAAGUCCAAUAGCCUGCAGCACAAGGCGAAGCUGCUGAAAGAUCAAGCUCAACAACUCCAAGAGAAGAGGGACUUGGAGGAGGAAGUGGAAAGGCUCCAGGUGGAGCUAGAGACCUCUCAUGCAGAACUGGCUUCAGAGCGGCAACAGCUCGAAGAGGAGAGGAAUAGGUGGCAGGCGGAGUUGGAAGAGUCUCAUCGGCGCCUGGCCUCCGAGCAGCAAAGCAUGGAGGACGAGAGGAAAGACUUGGAGGCCAAACUGGACACAGCCACUGCCUCCUGGAGCUCGCAGAAAGAGCGCAUGGAAGAGGAGAAGAGUGAGAUGCAGGCCUCAAUCUCUGAGCUACAAGCGGAGCUUCAACGAUGUAAGGCUGAGCUUGCGGUGACAGCGCAGUCGGAAGAGUUCAGGUCUGCAGCGGAGUUCAAGCAGGCGGAGCUUGAAGCGGAGAAACUGCGCUGCAGCGCAGAGAGGGAGGAGUCUGAGGUGUUGCGAAGAAAGCUGCAGGAGCAAGAUGCUCAUGUACAAGAGGUGAACGCCGAGCUCUCCAAAGUGCGCCUUCAACUCGCCUCCACGCGGCCCAGCUUAGAAGCGCUUUUGGCCGAACUGGCCACACCGGAACUCUUCAAAGUUGAGAGCCCGGCGCCGGUGUCGGCCACGACGGGGCUUGGUCCGGGCGUGACGCCUGCGGCACGGCGGAGCUUCCAGCGGAGAAGCCUUGUGCCAGCGGAGCCAGAGAAGGUGCAGGCAGACUCCGAGGAGGAGAUGUUCUGAGAAGGAUAGCUCCUCCCUAUCCCCCCGCCUAUUGGUGUACAUGGGGGGGUACCUCGGUACCUGAGAAGGUCCCGGCAGAUGAUCGAACCCCCACGGUGUCAGGUCCAGAGGCCGAAAGAAUGCCCA